UGAACUUUGAGUAAAGUUGCUUAGUGAUGUCUUCAUGCUUCCCUCUACUUUCGCAAUAUGAUCAUUGCAUGGUGAAGCCAGCUAGGGCAUGCUGUAGCCGGAAUGAUGGUUCUGCAAAUCCCGCUUGAAUUAGCGUUCACUUCUUUCGCAGUCAUUUUUCUUUGAUGAUUGGGUUAGAUCAUUGUUACACUGUCACACUGCCCAGUACCACUUCCGCAACCAAAGAUCUCAACUCCAGCAGCAUGCACCAGCAACACGAACAAAACAAAACAAACCACAACAAUCAUUAUAGUCUUCGAGCAGCUACUACUAGACCAGCCACUAGCUAGCUAGCUAGUAGAAGCAGAUCUAUUAAAGCUCAUCCUUUGCAAGUAUCAGAGGAGAAACUUCAAUUGACUUUGUGCUUGAGGGCCACUACGGUAUCGUAACGGUAAUCCCGCGAUUUCGGCCUUUUAGAUUUUCGUCGAUACAAGGCGCCACAGCUACGCUACUACAGGAUAUCAAGCUAGCUAUCACUAGCUAGUCUCCAAAGCUGGCAAGAACAAGUGACUUAGUCCUCCAAGGCAUUUGAAGAAGGAAGAGAAAGAAGGCAAAGAGAGUUCCAUUCAAGCCUCAAGAGUUCUGGCUAGCCCCCCUUCUAGCUAGCUAUACUAUCCAGUAAGCUACCCUGCUUUCUAGCUGCCUACCAAUACCUGCCCAACCCUUGCAAGUCCAACUUUUGCAAACUGAAUUCCUGGAUUGCCACCUGACAGUAUACAUCAAGCUAUUGGCAAGAGCAACAAGGAACUUGUAGUUGUGAGAUUGCAAGUGCCACCUAGCUAGCUACUAUCUAGCAAUUUUCACCCAACCCAAGACAAGCCACCAUCAACUGUCACUUGAGAAGCUUAGCUUGCUUGCUUGGUUGUGGUCCAUGAAAGAAGAGCAUCAGAGAUAUCUGAGUUGCAAGUCUAAACCUUGAAGAUAUCAUUGGAGUGGAGCUUCAGUGGAAACUUUGGGCCCAUCUUUUAUAGUUAGCUACUGGUAAGCACCAAAGGAGCAACAUCAAGUUGGAGAUCAGCAGCAUUGGUUGAUCAGGUUCACUUAGAAUAGAAAGCAAAAGACAGCAAUCUAGCUACUUGCUACUGCUAGCAGCAACUUGUUGAAAAAGUAAGCUGGAGUAUACAUCUGCAGACCAAACAAAAUGAGUGACAAUGACGAACAGAAACCAAACGCAAAGGCCAAUGACAAUGACAAAAGAACGCAUGGUGUCCUGGUCGAUGUGGAUGAAGUUGUGGUAGUGGAUGUCGACGAGGCAGGGGCAGGGGCAUCACUCCAACAAGCGUCACAGGAAGAAGAAGCAGAAAACUUGCUGGUACAACGACAGCAAGAAGAAAUGCUGAGACUCCAAGAAAGACAGGCCAUGGAACGAAAACAAUUUCAAGAGGCAAAGAAACUACAGCAACGCCAUAAUGACACAUCCAGCACUGCCGACAAUGUCAAUCGAGACUCAGCUAGUGGUGCCACGGGUAAUAGACCUUCCCUCAAAUCCACGGCUACGCAAGCAAUGACACCCAGCAUUCGUGGCAUCAACGCAGCGGCCGUCCAGGCGGAGCCACAAGUACUCGCAGUGGAGCGACGAGCCAGUGGCACUGCGCAAUCGGCUAAAGAAGCACAGGACCACGAGGAUCAUGCACUGGAAAUUGUGGCACAACAGGCUUCCAGACGCAAAGGACUGCCACGGCACCACAGCAACAAUUCGUCCACAUUGAAAAAAUCUGAACACGACCAACUACAACCGUCCAAUCGAUCACUCGUCGCAAACCAGGAACCCAACGUAGUUCUGGCAGGAGAAGAAAGAAGGAGAUCCAGUGUCGAUGUGGACGCCAUAUAUGUUGCUGAAAUGGUCUCGAAAAAAGCACAAGAAAAACAAAAGCCACAAGCCGUUGGACGCAAUUACAGUGGAAGCAGUCGAGCCUCGACGGUCUCGAGCGUGGACAUUGAUGUCGACGACAUGGAGCAUUUUAUUGUGCAAGAACCCGACAAACCAUCCAUUGUGGCACGAAAUUGUAGUACUGACACCAGCAACAGCAACAGCAACAAUUCACAAGCUAAUAUCGAGUUUUUGAAAAGGCGAGAGUCCAAACUGCAAUCUGCCGAACGACAAAAGGGCAGCACAAAAUCUGGAUUGAAGCGUUUCAGCUCCUUGUCGACAGCGUCCAACAUCACCGUCACAACGUCGGGGUCGUCAGAUGGAACUCAUCCAUCUAGUCCUUUCGACGGCAGCAGCGAAAUAAUCGACAGUGCACGUCACAUUAUUGAAGGUGAAUCUCCGGCGGCGAGGCGGCGAAGGUCCUCGGAAAAUCGAAGAGACCGAGACGAGUUUGAACAAAAACGACAGGCAUUGCCAACUUCGCAAAUAGUGAUGGUGGCAGCCAACAAUAGUUUGCAGCUUCCCACUUUGAAACAGGGUGCGUCCUCCUGGGAAGAAAUGGAAAAGACAGGUCUGACAUCGUCCACCACCACAACGAGAAUGUCGUCACAAAAGCAACCGCAGCAGGUCCAAUCUUAUCACAGCAGCAGCGACAGCAAUAUACCGGUAGAACAUCAGUCUGCAUCGUCACCAGUCACAACUCAUCCGUCCAAUCCUCCCAUGGAGACAGUUCAAAGGCCAUUCCUGCAAGAGCAGCUGGUCGUUGCUACCUUGGUCGAAGAAGAUACGACGACAAACCGCUCUGAAACCGACAGAAACGCCAGCUGUAGUAGCCUGGCAUUCGAUGAUUCCAACCCGCUACCAGAGUCAGCCCGUCCGCCGCAAGAGGCACCCCCACCACCUCCAGUCAGCAACAAUAACCUAUUGGGGUUACAAGGAGACACGGCCGAUAUCGACCCUUCGAAAAUUAUCGUCCAAGCCAAACCUGCAGAGGCGUUGGACUCGGUAUGGGAUGUGCUUCGAGAUCGAAAUGGGAGAGUGCUCGUUUGCUUGCUCGUGGUUCUGAUUGCUGCGGGUGUCAUUGGCAUUUCGAUUGGCUUGGGUGGCUUCCUCGACAGCAAGGGAGAAAGCGGGGAGGUGCAACAGACAAGCUUCGGAUUGGGGGCCUCGCAGGGUACCCAACAGACCCCAACCACUAUUGAGCCCAUUAGGGAUGAGCCUACAGCGGCGCCCGUGGUACAAAUUGCAGACACAUUGGCCCCCACAACUCAUGCUCCCACAACCGAGUUGCAAGGUGCUUUCGCAUCUCUCCUCCCAAGUUACACCGUUGAUGCGUUGCAUGACCCAAACUCUGCUCAAUCCAAAGCACUAAAGUGGCUUCUGGUCGAUCACGAGCCUGCUGUGUUUGCCAGUUACUCCGAGGACCGGCUCCGGCAAAGGUUUGCUCUGGCGACCUUGUACUACGCAACGAAAGGAAUAGGUUGGAGAUGGAAGAGAUUCUGGCUAUCGACGGAUCCAGAAAUUCACGAAUGCCAAUGGUGGAGUUAUUAUGAUCACCCUGAAAGCAGCGGUCGAGACUCGCCUUGCAAUGAAAACAUGGAGUACGAAUCCUUGGCUCUGUCCGAGAACUACCUCAAGGGCACGCUUCCGCCCGAAGUCGCAUUGUUGACCGCUUUGAAAGACAUACAUCUCGUGGCCGAUGCUUUCUUUGGUGCCACGUCGGAUGAGGAAAAGAAAGAAAAUUAUAUCUCUGGACAAAUCCCAAUUCCUUGGAUGACAUCGCUCUCAAAUUUGACUACAAUAGAUCUGGGGCGAAAUGCCCUCACUGGGUCUAUUCCGACGGAGAUCGGAUUGAUGCCAGAACUACAAAUCGUGCAACUGAGGGAGAACCUCAUUGGUGGCACAAUUCCUCCCUCGCUCUUUGGUCUGCCGAACGUCAAGGAGCUAUGGCUGUUUGACAAUCGCCUGACAGGUCCCAUCCCCACAGAAGUCCAGUUUGUUACCGACAGCCUCCGCAUUUUUGCAGCCUACAGCAACCGUCUCACGGGAACUAUUCCUACUGAGCUCGUUUCCUUGACUCAGUUAAGGCAAUUGAAGCUGGAAAGCAACCAACUCGUUGGGAAGAUACCGAUCGACAUAACUUACAUGACGAACCUCCGGUCCUUGCAUCUAUUUGACAACCGUUUGUCAGGUACAAUCCACACAGAGUUUGGAAGACUUAGUGAAUUGAAGCAUUUCUGGAUUGGGAAGAAUCGAUUGACUGGGACAAUGCCGUCUGAGCUGGGAUCCAUGGUCGGUUUGAACAACAUUGGACUGGGAAACAACAAGCUGACCGGAACGAUCCCCGUCGAUCUCGGGAACUGGAGCUCGAUUCUUCGCACCGUCCUGGAGUUCAAUGACCUGACAGGGAGUGUCCCCCAGGAGUUGUGUUCGAAAGCCAGCUCAAAUCCCGUCUUCUUCCGAGUGUUCGUAGACUGCGAAGAGGUUCAAUGUGGUUGCCUUUGUUGCCUAUGUAAUUGCGGCUUGAGAUCAGGUGGAGAAAAUAGAUCGCUCUCGGAGCCCUAGCAAAAAUGCCAAGGAGUGGCACACUUUGUGAUUGAUUUAUGAGAGGAAAAUGUUUUGGCCACAGGUCCCAUUUGCUGGUGUAUAAAGUAUGAUCUAGCUAGCUAUGGAUCUGUUG